AUGUCAACAGAAACCGACAAUUUAAAUAGUGACAAAUCGAAUGAGAAGAAUAAUAACAAUCAGGAUAUAGAUUCUGAAACAUCACCGUCUGAUAUUCGAAAUGGUGAUGAAGAAAAAGAUGAUGAUGAUGAUUCUAUCACUGAAUUAGAUUUUUUUGAUUUUUUCGAAACAAUAUGUGAUAAAAUAGAUGAAAUAGAUGCGAAUAAUCAACAAAACGUUACAGAAAAAACGAUACAUGAAUUAAAAGACGACACACAUGAAUUAUGGAAUAAAACUAAAACACGUUUAAAAAAUCAAAGACGAGAAUUAAAAGACGAAUUCCAAAAACGUAUACAAAAAUGGCGUGAACAUUUAAAAAAACCAAAUAUUAUUAAAGGACGAGAUAAAAUAUCGUUUUCUAUUGGUGUGGCAAAUGCUUGUGGAACACCAUUGAUUGCUGGUAAAUGGCCCCAUUUAUUGCCAUUAGUUUAUACGAUUCAAGCAAUAUUUCUCAUAACAAUGAGAUUUUUUAUUUACAAAAAGAAGAGUUGGCACUAUUUUAUUUAUGACUUAUGUUAUUUUGUAAAUGUAUUAACGUUGAUUUAUUUGUGGAUACUUCCAGGUUCACCAGUUUUAUUUACAGCCGCUUAUCUACUUGCCCAUGGUCCAUUAGCUUUGGCAAUUAUUUUAUGGAGAAAUUCUCUCGUAUUUCAUAGUAUGGAUAAAGUAACCAGUUGUUUUAUACAUAUGUAUCCACCGUUAACUCUAUACACAAUUCGUUGGCUAUUACCAUAUGAUUAUCAAUUAACACAUUAUCCGGCUAUUGCUAAGCUUGGUGAUCGUUUAAAUGUGUUUAGUUCUCUAUUUUAUGUAAUUGUUGCAUACGUCAUUUGGAAUAUAUUAUAUUAUAUUUUAAUUGUCUAUGGUAGACGAGAAAAAGUUGAAAAAGGUUUACGUACCACAUCGUAUACAUGGUUAUUAGCUGAUGAAAAAGGUUUCGUCUCGCGUAUCAUUAAAAAAUUUGGUGGUAGUGUAAAAAAUUAUAAGGUAGAACUUUAUAUGUUAUUACAAUUUGGAUAUGCUCUAAUAUCAGUUAUACCGGCAUGUCUCUGGUAUUAUCGAUAUAUGAUGGUGAAUGUUUUAUUUUUGUGUUCAAUAUUUGCUGUUAGUGUGUACAAUGGAGCCACAUUUUAUAUUGAUGUAUUUUCUCAACGUUAUAUAAAAAGUUUAAAAUUAUUAGAUGAAAGUGAUUCGGAUGAGAAUGCUCCAGUAAGAAAACAAUCAAAAACAAGUUCAACCGAGAAUACAAAUAACAAACAAGAAUAA